AUGGCAAGACGGAGUGGACGUGGUUGUAAUCCGCUAAAUGAGGAAGAGAUUGAAUAUAUUCUAAAUGAAUCUGAAAUUGAACAGCAAGAUUCGUCUGAAGGAGGCGAUGACAUAGCGGACAAUGAUUUUAAUUUAAACCGGGAGAUAACCAGUUCAUCCAGUUCUUCGGAUAAUGAAAGUGGCCAGUCAGUUACGCCUAUUACACAAACGAGAGCUCGUGGACAAGGACAAAAGAGAGGAACAAGGUCACGAGCGCGACGUUUCCGUGGUAGUCGUGUCGGUCGUGAGUUUCUCGAGGGAGACGAUGGAUGGGAAGAGUGUGAAUUUCAAUCACCAGACGUGUUCCUAAGUCAGCCAUCAUAUCUGCCGAUUGACCGAAGUUCUUUUAGUGAAGUUGACUAUUUUCGGCAAUAUAUUGAUGACUCCGUCAUAGAAAACAUCGUCGAAAAGUCUAAUUGGAGUUAUUUCGCCCGGUACACGAAGUCGUUAAACCUAACAUUCGAAGAAUGCAAUACAUACAUUGCAAUUUCAAUGAUCAUGUCUUGCAUUAACUACCCUAGUCUGAGGAUGUAUUGGGCAAAAGAAUUCAGACUCCCUAUAAUAGCUAAUAUUAUGCCAAGAAACAGAUUUCUUUUACUCAGAACCGCUUUGAAGGUAGUUUUAGAUGAAGAUGUGGGUCCUGACGAAAGGCAAUCGGAUAAGUUAUGGAAAGUGAGACCAUUAAUUACAGCUGUAUUAAAAGGAUGUAAAUUACAAGAGAAAACCCAAGAUCUGUCUGUCGAUGAAAUGAUGAUUCCCUUUCAAGGGACAUGUGGGGUCAAACAAUAUUGUCCUGGAAAGCCCAAUCCAGUGGGCUUAAAAGCAUUUGUACUUGCGACGCCGCAGGGGUUGGUUUGUGACUUCCAUAUCUACCAAGGGAGUACUACGUACCCUGAUUUCCACGGCACAGAUUUCGGAUUAGCCGAAAAAGCUGUAUUGUCUCUGACACGGGAUCUGAUACCUGGGCAUAUAAUUUAUUGCGACCGUUACUUUACGUCACAGAAACUCGUUUUAGCACUUCAAGACAAGGGACUAAAGUGUACAGGCACAGUCAUGAAAAAUCGUAUACCUCGAUCCGCGCGAAGUGUUUUGACUGACGACAAAGCUAUGAAGAAGAAACCUAGAGGAUCUUGGCACAUUGCAGUGAAUAAAGCAAAGAAACUUGUUUUGACUAAAUGGCUCGAUAGUAAGCCCAUAACAUUUCUGUCUAAUAUUCACACUGAUCAGAAUGUGGAUGAAUGUCAACGCUGGUCAAAAUCACAAAGAAAAUACAUUUCUGUGCCAAGACCUGAAGUGGUCAAACUUUACAACAGAAACAUGGGGGGCGUAGACGUCGCUGAUAGAAUGUUGUCAUACUGCCCCUACCGAUACAGAACGAAAAAGUGGACACAAAGAGUUAUUUCUCAUUUCAUUGAUUUGGCAGUUAGUAAUUCAUGGAUAUUAUAUCGUCACGACAAAAAACAAGAAGGCGUAGAUCUGAAAUCAAUUAAGCAGCUGCGGUUUUUCAAAUUGGAUGUUGCCAAAAGAAUUAUUGAUGCUAAUAUUGACACAGGAGAUGAAAAUUCAUUAAAUGAAGAAUCGCAGCAAGAAAACGAAGAACAAUUGCAAGACGAUAGUCAAGUGCAACGCCCACGUUUUAGAAAAAGAAACGCACCUGUGCCCCUUCCUUCCGAAAGAGAACGUUAUCGAGGAGCUUUACAUUUGCCCGAGGUGACGGACGCGCUCAUGAUGCGCUUAACGCGAGUCAAACGAGAUUCAGUCGCAGCCAGUAAACUUUUGCGUACGUUCUUAUUGAGCCUCUACAACGCCGUGCGUGAAAAAUCCUAA